UCCUCAGCAUCAAGUGCAGCCUGAGCGCAGCGUCCCCGGCUGCGACUUUCUCUCUCAGCCUCUUUGAAGGAGUCAUGAGGAGACGGGAGUCGUCGCCCUGCUGAGACCUGCACGUCUGGGAUCUGGGGGAUGCAGUGACUGUUUUCUAACUGGGAUCAUAUUUUGUGUUAAUAUAAAUCUUGAGGGAGGGAAACAAACAAUACAUUUGCGGAUAUUUGACAUAUCCAUCAAUCGGAUGCAAGCAGAGCCAGGCCCAACUUAACAAUGGGCCUCAUACCCUUGUGUAUCGUGCUCCCGGUGCUACUGGCUGUGGCUGCAGCUGCUGAGGAGAACGCAGUCAGUGAUGAGUACACCUGGCCACAGUGGACGGUGCCUCUGGUAAGAAAAAGACGCACUGUGUAUAUCAGCAGCCCCGGCUUCUCAGCACAUUCCCAACUGGAGUUAAGUGGAACCUGUGGGAUUGAGUGUCAGCGGCGCCUUCCGACACUUUCUCUGGACGACCUGGAGCAGCUCCUGUCCUACGAGACGGUCUACGAAAACGGCACGCGCACGUACACCACGGUGUCCGUGCAAGGUCUCAACGAGGUGACCGCUCAGUCCACAAACUCCUCCACGACUCACUCGCGACGUAAGCGUGAGGUGUACGGCACCGACACCCGCUUCACCAUCUCUGAUAAGCAGUUCUCCACCAAAUAUCCCUUCUCCACCACUGUGAAGAUCUCCACAGGGUGCUCUGGGGUUCUGGUGUCACCCAAACACGUGCUCACAGCUGCUCACUGCAUCCACGAUGGGAAUGAUUAUCUGAAUGGAGCGCAGAAGCUGCGCGUCGGUAUCCUGAAGGAGAAGUCCAGACGAGGCAAAGGAGGCAAAGGGAAAGGCGGACGAGGAAAGGGCAAGAGGAGAAAGGGAGACAAAGGUAAAGAGGAAGUCCAGGAGAAGGAGGAGAACGACGGGAAAGAACAUAAAGGAAAAGGGAAAGGCAGGAAGAGCCGGAGUCGGCGAAGUGCAGAUUCAGAGAAACCUUCAUUUAGGUGGACCAGGGUCAAACAGACCCAGAUUCCUAAGGGCUGGUUCAAAGGUGUGUCUGACGGACUGGCUGCAGAUUUCGACUACGCUGUUCUCGAGCUAAAGAAAGCCCCCAAAGUCAAGCACAUGGAUCUGGGUGUUAUUCCUUCGGUUAUGAAGCUUCCCGCUGGGAGGAUCCACUUCUCUGGUUUUGAUGACGACCGGCCUGGCAACCUGGUCUACCGGUUCUGCUCCGUGUCCGAUGAGUCCAACGAUUUACUCUAUCAGUACUGCGACGCCAAACCCGGCUCCAGCGGCUCUGGCGUCUACGUCCGCCUCAAAGAGCCCGGCAAGAAAAAGUGGAAGAGGAAGAUCAUUGGGAUUUUCUCCGGUCACCAGUGGGUGGAUGUAAACGGGGACGGGAUGCAGCAGGAUUACAACGUGGCGGUGAGGAUAACGCCCGUCAAAUAUGCUCAGAUCUGCUACUGGGUCCACGGGGACUCAAGUGAGUGCCAGGAGGCCUAAGAGUACACAGGACUCCCACUGAACCUUACCUUUGCCCCCUUGACCCCUCCAACCUCCUCCUGUCACCAACCAGGGGCCCGACGACUGCCUCUGUACUUCCUGUUUCCUCCGAGCAGCACCUCCUCCUCCACUUCUUCACAAACACACGCGCGACUCCGCAGACUCGCUUGUUGAUAACAACAGGAACUCGCAAACAACGCGCCAGGAGAACUGUGGCUCUUCAGCUUUUCUAAUUUAUUUGCUAAAAAAAAUAAAAAAAAAAAAAAAAAGAAAGAAAAGGGACAAAAAAGUGUAUUUUGUUUUUUUGUGCUUUUGCGGAUCAUGAAGUUGUUAAGUUUCAAACCCGUUUUUGGAUACAAUGUUGGGAAGCGCGUACAGUGUAUUCACGUGCUCGUGAGUGUCACAUUCGUCACACGUGCUCUCCACCACUGUACACGGUGAUUACGUGCAUUGGCUUUGACAAAAGACCCAGGAAAAAUAAAAGUUUUACACAUGAACUUCAUAGAAAAAGAAAGAUUACUGUGUUUUUUUUUUUAUAAACAAUCUAAUGUAAUGAGUUGGUGUUUUUGCUUUGUGUAUAUCUAGUUUGUUUGUUUGCUUUUCUUUUUUUUUUUACUGCUACAUUUUAAAAAUAAGAGAAAGGGUUCUUUUGAAUCCUGGAUAUUAGAUGUUGAGAUUUUCCCUGUUCUUGCAGUGCAGUGAAAUGUGGUUUCAUUGUCGUGCACAUAAUUAUAUCAGUGCUUACCCAGAUGACGUGGUGCUAAUUUAUGGAAUUGUGUUUUUGUUUGUUUGUUUUGUUUCUUUCUGAAGGGGUCAGGGGUCGGGGGUUUUCAGAAUAUAUUUUGAUAGCCUAGUACUGUAACUAUGUAAUUAAUGUGAGGCUACAUUUCUUUGGGCUGUGUUAACAUGGGACUGAACCAUUUAACGAGUUACUUGAGGUUUUGUUUUUUUUUUUGGGGGGGGGGGGGGUUUAUGUUAAAUGAGGUCACAAAUGCAAUUUUGUUAGAUAAUAACACAUCGAAAUGUGGGAUGUGAUUUUCUUUUUUCAUAUGUAUCUCAUGUUUCAGAAUUCAUGGGGGGGCGGGGGGUAUUAUCCCAUUUGAAUGAGCAAAUACCUGAAAUUAAUCUGAAAUGAAUAUUGCAGAUUGACGACAACAAACCAUUAAACCAAGAUUACUA